CCCCGAGCGCGAGGCAGCACUCAAGUGGGGACGGCGGGCGGCGGCGCGAUGGCAGCGCAGCGGCUGGGCAAGCGCGUGCUAAGCAAGCUUCAGUCCCCGUCGCGGGCCCGCGGCCCGGGGGGCAGCCCCGGUGGGCUGCAGAAGCGGCACGCGCGAGUCACCGUCAAGUACGACCGGCGGGAGCUGCAGCGGCGGCUGGACGUGGAGAAGUGGAUCGACGGACGCUUGGAGGAGCUGUACCGCGGCAGGGUGAGACCCAGAGGGGCCGGGGCUGGGGGACGGAGGUGGCCUGAGACACUGGCCCUCGAGCGGAGACCCUGCGACCUCGGUGACCCUGGUACAUGCUCACAUGGUGGCACCUGUAGUGGUCUGAGGAUAAGUUACAGGAGUUGAGACAGACUCAGGUCC